UUCAAAAAGUAGACACUAGAUUGAUACAAUAUAGUAAAAUAUAGACAUAUGCUAUAUGCAUUAUCUAUUAACAUUAUUCAUAGAUGUUCUUAACUAACACAGGUUAAAUGCAACGAUACUAAAGAGUUUUGUUAGUUUAUAAAAGAAACUAUGACCUGGUUUCUCUCUCCUGUUUUUUGUGAAAUGUAUUUUUUUAGCACAUUUUUAGUGUAAGCCAUCCCGGGCAUUGCUAAUCUUAGCUUAUUUUUUCAUCCAGAACGUUGGAUUGAAUUGUUUGGAGUUGUCCAUGUAGCUUAUCGCUCUGAGAGUUUAUACAGAGUGUGGAGUAGUCAUUUUAAUUUGGAUUGACAGAUGUCCACACUAGGGCUUCAAAGAAAAAGUUAAGUGAUAGCGUCUGCAGCAAGUUUGCCUCCCCCAUUUUAGCAGCUCAGCUAAGUUCUGCCCGCUGCAUCCAGUCCUUGUUUGUCUGCUCUGAUGUACCAAAUGAGGAUGGAUGUAAGCCAAGGGUAGCUAGAAAAUGCAUGCCUGCGGCAGAAGGCAGAAACUCGAAUCUGAUCAGGCAAAGCAACAGCCCGUGCUUGCACUGAGACAAGUCUCUUGGGAGUUGUUGUUUUUCUUUUCUGAAACUACCUUUUGCAAGAUGCUGGAAGGAAGCGAUUCUGGGAUUGGACACGCAUUGGCGAAGCACCUGGAUAAUUUAGGUUUUGUUGUGUUUGCUGGGGUUUUGAACAAAGAAGGACCCGGGGCUGAAGCAUUAAAAAGGAGCUGUUCCCAGAGACUUUCUGUCCUGCAGCUGGAUAUAACCAAUCCCACACAAAUAAGGGAAGCUUAUCUUGCAGUUUCAGAGAAGGUACAAAAUGCAGGAUUAUGGGGCAUUAUUAACAAUGCUGGGGUCCUGGGGUUUGCUGCAGACGGUGAACUGCUUCCCAUGAGCGCCUACAGGCAGUGUAUGGAUGUGAAUUUCUUUGGGGCUGUAGAGGUAUCCAAAAUGUUCCUACCUCUACUUCGGAAAUCCCAAGGGAGGCUCGUUAAUAUGUCCAGCAUGGCAGGAGGUGUCCCAAUGCCAAGGCUCGCUGCAUACGGUGCAUCCAAAGCAGCUCUGUCCAUGUUUUCUGGAGUUAUGAGGCAGGAGCUUUCCAAAUGGGGAAUUAAAGUGGCGGUAGUUCAUCCAUCAGGCUUCAGGACAUGCAUACAAGGCACACCCGAGCUGUGGGAUAAGCAAGAAAAGCACCUGAUGGAGAAUCUCAUGCCAGACGUGAAGACAGAUUAUGGUGAAGACUACAUUCUAGCACUGAAAAAUUUCCUGCUGCACAUGCCUAGCUCUUGCGGCUCCGAUCUCUCCCCACUACUAGAUGAUGUUCUCGAUGCGUUAUUGGCAAAGAGUCCACACGGUUUAUAUACUCCGGGCAAAAACGCCUACUUAGCUCUGUGUAUCUUUUGCUACUUUCCUCUCUGGUUUUAUGACUUUUUCAUCGGUAAAUCGCUGUGUGUCAAGAUUUUACCCAGAGCUCUGAGGGGACCGGAGUCUAAAAGCAAGAACACGUAGGCACUUGGAAACACGGUCGGUAUUUUAAAUUCUACUGAGAGUUAAUGAAGUGCUGUGUUAGGAAGUUACUUAACAUGGCCCUUUGCUUAUUAAAUUACAUUUAUGCUGCUGAAUGAAUGGGAGUGAAGUGUAGUUUUGAAGAUUUAAAUUUAUUUUAAUAUUCAUGAAAAGCAGUGGACGGACAGCACUAGGAAAUAAAUGCCUCCAAACAGGCACUGCCUUGACACUAGCAAUGCAAGCUUCACCCACAUUGCCUGCCUUUUCCAAGUUUCUCUCUGGUGAAACAAGGGGCGACUUCAGUCUCCAUGUGCAUUCAGUCUAUCACCCUUUGGCUGGGGCUAGGUACAGACGUUCAAAAAGCCCACAGCAGAAUUAAUCUAAGCUGCGCGGUUUUCUGUAAGCUGCAUAGUUUAGAUAGGUAGUGAACAGAACACACUUUUGCCGUCUGGUGGGGGUGCAAAUCUUAGGCUGGGUUUUGCCAUUUUUAACCAAUCUAUGUGCACCAAACUUCUGUUCUGCGGUGGGUAUAGACCGGUGUCUGAUCACUUAGUGGUAAAAGUGUCAUGUCUACCUGGCUUGAGUGUCCUUCAUCCUACCAGCAAAAGCAGAACAUUGCAAAGUGGAUUAAGGAUCCACAAAAUAUUCCAAAGUACUAUUGGUAUGUCGCGAUCCAUCCUGACAUUCCCAGACGGGAAUAAAACCCCACCUCAUACAUUAGCAGUCUCUCAGUGCAGCUUCUGAAACGGUGAAGCCCAUAGAGAUGGACCACUUACUUGGUACUGCCCUGUGCUCUGACACAGCUGAGUGGAGAGAGGCUCCGAUUUUCGAAGGAACCCAUGCGAUGGGCAUGUUUAUCAUGAGAGCCAAACAUUUCAGUCUGUCUAACCCAAUGGCUGGUUUUGGGUGAACAAAGCUUAGAAUUGGAGCAUGCAUAAAAGCGGGUGUAAAUCUAUAUCAUAGAAUCACAGAAGUCGGGUCGGAAGGGACCUUGUAGAUCUUCAAGUCCGACCCCCUGCCUGGGCAGGAGGGAAACUGGG